CAGGGGCAGUUGGCGGAAGAGAUCGCGCUCGUUUGGCCGCCGGGCUCAGUGUUCUCGUUUUACCUGCGUUUGGGCGUCUGCUCCGCGGGGCGGGCUGGGGGUGUCCCCGUCUUCUACUUUGUGGUGGUUGUUGUUGGGCGUCCCCAGUGGCUCUCGGUCGCCUGGCUGGGGCGCAGCGCGGAGGCCCCCUCCCACUGCCCCGACCGCGUUCCAUGGAGUAGGUCCGGGACCGUUGUGCCGAAGAGCGAGAUCCAGCUUGGCCCCCUCCCUCCUCCCUCUCCCUCCUCGUCUCCGCCGCGACAUGGCUAACAACAGCCCCGCGCUGACGGGCAACUCGCAGCCGCAGCACCCGGCGGCCGUGGCCCAGCAGCAGCAGCAGCAGUGCGGCGGCGGCAGAGGCGGCGGCGGCGCCACCAAGCCGGCGGUGUCGGGCAAGCAGGGCAAUGUGUUGCCGCUGUGGGGCAACGAGAAGACCAUGAACCUCAACCCCAUGAUCCUCACCAACAUCCUGUCGUCUCCGUACUUCAAAGUCCAGCUCUACGAGCUCAAGACCUACCACGAGGUGGUGGACGAGAUCUACUUUAAGGUCACACAUGUUGAGCCUUGGGAAAAAGGAAGCCGGAAAACCGCCGGCCAGACGGGGAUGUGCGGAGGGGUUCGAGGUGUUGGAACAGGAGGAAUUGUUUCUACAGCUUUUUGCCUGUUAUACAAAUUAUUUACCCUGAAGUUAACUCGAAAGCAAGUGAUGGGUCUCAUAACACACACAGACUCAACGUAUAUCAGAGCCCUUGGAUUUAUGUAUAUAAGGUAUACACAGCCCCCUACAGAUCUAUGGGACUGGUUUGAAUCCUUCCUUGAUGACGAAGAGGACCUAGAUGUGAAGGCUGGUGGAGGCUGUGUAAUGACCAUUGGAGAAAUGCUUCGUUCUUUCCUUACAAAACUGGAGUGGUUUUCUACCUUGUUUCCAAGAAUUCCAGUUCCAGUGCAGAAGAAUAUUGAUCAGCAAAUUAAAACUCGACCUAGGAAAAUCAAGAAAGAUGGAAAGGAAGGCGCUGAGGAAAUAGACCGACAUGUUGAGCGUAGACGUUCAAGAUCUCCAAGGAGAUCAUUGAGUCCACGGAGGUCCCCAAGAAGAUCAAGAAGUAGAAGUCAUCAUCGGGAGAGCCAUGGAUCUUCUAGUUUUGACAGAGAAUUAGAACGAGAGAAAGAACGCCAGCGACUAGAGCGUGAAGCCAAAGAACGAGAAAAAGAAAGGCGACGAUCCCGAAGUGUUGAUCGAGGGCUAGAUCGCAGGCACAGCAGGAGUAGGGAAAGACACAGAAGCCGCAGUCGGAGUCGUGAUAGGAAAGGGGAUAGAAGAGACAGAGAUCGGGAAAGAGAGAAAGAAAAUGACAGAGGUAGAAGACGUGAUCGAGACUAUGAUAAGGAAAGAGGGGAUGACCGAGAAAAGGAGAGGGACCGGUCAAGAGACAGGUCCAAGGAACAGAGAAGCAGGAGUGAGGUAGAAGAGAAGAAACACAAAGAAGACAAAGAGGAUAGACGGCAUCGAGAUGACAAGAAAGAGUCCAAGAAGGAGAAAAGGCGCAGUAGAAGUAGAAGUAGGAGCCGAGAAAGGAGACGCAGGAGCAGGAGCAGAAGUAGAAAUGCAGGGAAGCGAAGUAGAAGCAGGAGCAAAGACAAGUCCAGUAAACACAAAAAUGAAAGUAAAGAAAAACCAAAUAAAAGAAGUAGAAGUGGCAGUCAAGGAAGAACUGGCAGUGUUGAAAAAUCAAAAAAACAGAGCCCCAGCAAAGAGAAAUCUAGAAAGCGUAGCAGGAGCAAAGACCGUUCUCACAAACGAGAUCGUGGUGAUAGUAAGGACCAGUCAGACAGACAAGAUCAUCGGAGGAGCCAAAGCAUAGAAAGAGAGAGCCAAGAAAAACAUAAAAACAAAGAUGAGACUGUGUGAAACAUUUGUAAAAUUGGAUCACAUUGAAUCCUAUUAAAUGUUGAUUAAAUCUGCUUCCCCCCCCCCCCAAGUUGAGAUCGUGCAGUAGUUCCACACUCUUCAAGCUCUAUGUAGGCUGCGUUUUCAUUUUGUGUAGGGAAGUGCCUUUGUAAUCCCAUUUAUUGCAUUGAUGUUUUCACCCAAUGAGUUGGUCCAUGAUGCACAGAUUGUUCUUGCAUUUUUAUUGUUUGUUUUUAAAAUGUACAGUCUGUACAUAUGUCCUGAAAAUGUUCUACUUCCUUUGGCAUGGUAGCCAUGUUGGUUAAAUUUGUAUAAGGCAAUAAACUGCCAGUAAUUCUAUUUUUGUUUUGUAGGUGUGGGAUUAUGGUUGUGUACUGAAGUAAGCAUGGCUGUACUUUUCGUAAUAGAAUGCUAAAGACUUUCGGAAUGGAUCUUGGAUGUCCUAUAGGAGAAUUACGUGCUUUCAAUGUACAUGAAGGCAAGAGUUGUAGGAUUAACAUUCUUGUCCACUGUAUAUUGCCUUGGAAGGCUGUUGUUAAUAUGUUACACUUAACAUUCUCCACAGUUAACUUUUAGAGAGAAUUUAUAAGAGAUUUAAAUUAGGCUGUUUUGAUCAAAAGUCCUUUUAGCAUUCUACCUCAAAGGGACACUUGUUUAGUAUGCCUAAAAUUUAUCCACUUAGUUUUGUUUUUUAUUUGAAAAAAAUACAUGACAUGUAAUCUUUUUUUCCCUUGAAUUCUUUCUCAGAUUUUUAAAGAACUAUAUUAAAGAGGAAAUGUCUAAAGCCUAGCAUUCUUGCAGCACCCCUAUGCUAAUGUGGAAUUGGGGAGGGGGUGGGGCAGAUGAGUAGAAAAGCAUAUUCAAGCCUCAGGCUUCCAAAGCAUUUUUAUAAGUGGAAUAUACUUAAAUUAUGAAACAGCUUGAUAUAGUAUCCUUUUUUUAAGAUUCAAAACUUUUUUAUUGACAAUGAAGAUUGCUGUUUGAGUUUUUAAUCUAUGACAAGUAUUAAAAGUAAUGCUGUGCUGCAUUAUUUAAGACUAUCAGCAAAUUAUUUGAUAGAUUGUUCUUAAUGACUUGUAUUCUGAUUACAGAGAACCAUCAUGAGUGUGGAAUAAAUACUGGAUUAAAUCCUUUA